AUGGAAAAUAGCUUAUUAAAUAAUUCCUUUUUCAAAAAAGAAGAUAAGUAUAAAAAUAACUAUAUAAAAUAUCAGAUACCUAAAAGAAAAUUUUAUAAUUUAAUAAUAAGAGUAGCUAUAUCAGUAAUAAGCAUUAUAAUUAUUUUAAUUUUUGUAAAAUAUAAUAAUAAUAAUAAUAAUAGUAAUAUCGUAAAUUUCUCAAUCAUGGAAAUUGAUGAAGAUACUAAUGAAUUAUUUAACUCAUUAGGGUUCCCAUUAAACAGUAAAGAACUAAUUUAUAGCAGAUUAGAAAAAUGGGGCUUUAAUUUAUCUGAUAUUGCUGAAAUAGAAAUAAACCCAAAUUUUAAAGAAGCAGAUUUAAAAAAAUAUAAAUAUUCUAAGAAUACUUACAAAGACAUUUUAUUUUCUUAUUAUGAAAAUAAGAAAAAUAGUGAAAUAGAAAAAAACAUACUUUUAUAUAAAUUUUUGGAGAUUUUAAAAAAAAAAGAAAUAAAUUCUUUUUAUGAUUUUUUAAAUUAUUUUAUGAUAUUACAGGAUUUAAACUGCUUACCAGUUAAUUAUAAAGGUAUAUAUGUAAAUGAAAAAUUUUUUGUUCCAAAUCAUUUAAAUCAAGUAAAAAUGGUUGACAAAAAUUUUAGAACUACAUUAGUAAAUGAGAAACCUUUUUUAUAUUUAACAUAUCAUGGAGGAAAGAAAAAAAAUUCUAUUCAUAAUAUCUGUAAAUUUUCAAGAGAUGGAUAUUUUUUGGGAUCUGUAUUAUUACCAUUUGAAGAAGAAGGAAAGAUUUUUAAUUGUAUAAGUUUGAGAGGAUUAUUACUUUACAAAGACAAUUUAUAUGUUACUGAUUCAUUUAAGAAUAAUUCUAAAAUAUUUCAAUUUUCAGACAGCUUAACUGAAUUUUCAAAUAGAAGAGAAUAUCUUUCCACUUUUAUAUCACAAAAUGAAAAAGAAAAUCCUUUAAUGGUUCAUCCUUAUGGUAUAAAAAGAAAAGAUGAAUACUUUUAUGUUAGCUCACAAAAUACUGGAACUGUUUUACGAUUUAAUGUUAAUAAUGGUAAGUUAGAUAAGUCACUUAAUUCAAAAAAAAAUAAUUCAGAUGGUGUAGUUGUAAAACUGCAUAAGAAUGAUGAAAUACGUGGUAUUGAUUUCGAUAAUUAUGGAAAAUGUUAUGUUGCUAAUAAGCAAACUGGAGUACAAGUAUAUGAUGAAAAUUUUAAUUUAUUAAAAAUUAUUCCAGUUUUAUCUCCUAUUUCAAUUGUUUAUGAUAGUAGAAAUUCCCAUAUAUUAGUUGGAAGCUCAAAAUCUCAUGAUAUAAAAGAAUAUGAUAUACAUAAUUAUGAACUUAUUAAAGUUGUUAAGCAUCCAUUAUUGAGACAUGUUGCAGGAAUAAGUAUAUAUGGUGAUUCUAUUUUUGUUGUUUCACAAAAAAAAAAUAAGUUACUUGAAUUUUCAUUAUCAACCAGUUUAUUAAAAAAUAUCAUUGUUGAUGAUUUAAGUGAUACAGGAGAACGUGUUAUGGUUUCCCCAACAUAA